AUGUCUGAAUAUUUAACAUUUUCUUCAACGCCCUCCGGUAAAGCUGAAGGUAAAACUCAUAUAAUAAUAGUUGGUGCUGGUAUCAUUGGUGUAUGUACCGCUUAUUAUCUUACAAGACAUCCAGAUUUCUCACCAGAAACUCAUCAUAUAACAAUAAUUGAAUCUAAGAGAGUUGCAGGUGGUGCUUCUGGUAAAGCUGGUGGUUUAUUAGCACUUUGGGCAUUCCCACAACAAAUUGUUCCAUUAAGUUUUAAAUUACAUGAAGAAUUAGCUAAAGAAUAUAAUGGUGAAGAUGAAUGGGGUUAUAGAAGAUUAACAACUGUUUCUUUAGAAGGUAAUAUUCAAAAUUUAUUAAAUAAUGAAGAUGAUUCAAGUUCGAGUUUGGAAGAUCCGAAAAAGGAAACAAUUCAACAAGUGGAGGAUGAUGAUGAAAGUGAAGUAGAAGAUGAGAAUGAUGAGAAUGAUGGAAAUAAUGAUAAUAAUAAUGAUGAUGAUGAUAAGGUACAGAAUAAUAGAAAGAAAAACAACAAUGUUCUUGAAUCCACCACAAAAGAACUUAAAACUUCAUACCCUCCUCCAAAAACAGAAUCAUCAUCUGAAGAAGAUGUUUCAAAAUCAUCUGAAUUGAAAAAUCCUCCACCAAAGAAAAGAACUGUAACUAAAAAUUCAAUUAAAAAUGAACAUAAUUUACCAUCAAAAAAUUAUUUACCAAAAGAUUUAAAUUGGAUUAAACAAGAUGUUAUUCAAGAUUGGUCUGUUUUAGGAGGUCGAGAUUCAACUGCUCAAGUACAUCCAUAUAAAUUUACAAAUUAUAUCUUAAGAAAAGCAAUGGAAACUGGUGCAGUAGAAUUAAUCUUGGGGAAAGUUGAUGAAAUUGAAUUUAGUGAAGAUACUGGUGAAGCAAUUGGUAUUUCAUAUAUUCCAACAAAGACAUUAGGAAAAGAAAAUGAAGAACGUAUUUCAUUAAAAGGUGAUCAAACUGUAUUAACAGUGGGUCCUUGGACUUCAAAAAUUUUACCAGAUUGUCCAAUUUCUGGAUUAAGAGCUCAUUCAAUAACAAUUGCACCACAUAAUGGUAUGGUUUCUCCAUAUGCUAUAUUUACAGAGUUAAAAAUUGCAAGAAUGAAAUAUGUAUCACCAGAGAUGUAUGCUCGUAAAGAUGAAGUUUAUGUAUGUGGUGAAGGCGAUACUUUAGUUGAUGUUCCAGAAACAACAGAUGAUGUUGAAGUUAUAAAAGAAAAAUGUGAUCAAUUAUUUCAUUAUGUUGGUAAAUUAAGUCCAAAUUUAUCAAAAGGUCAUAUUUUAAAAAGACAAGCUUGUUAUUUACCUGUAUUGGAUGUUCCUUCAAGUUCUGGUCCUUUAAUUGGUGAAACUAAUGUGGAAAAUUUAUAUUUAGCUUCAGGUCAUUCAUGUUGGGGUAUAAAUAAUGCUCCUGGUACUGGUAAAAUUUUAGCUGAAUUAUUAUUAGAAGGUGAAACUCAUAGUGCUGAUAUAAGUGCUUUAGAUCCAAGUUUAUAUUUUGAUGCAAGUGUAUUGGUUGGUGAGUAA